AUGAAUCGUCGGAAGCUAACAAGUGUUCCUUCUAAUGCAUCAAACGAAUCCAAACCUAUAAAGAGGUAUGUUAAAUCUUUAUACCGUAAAUUCCGUAAUGCUCAAGCAAGCGAUCUCAAUAGAGCGCGUUCGCAUCAUUUAGCGGACUCAGCGAUUUGAAGUGAGGAAACAGCGGCGAAAGAGGCGUUUUGAGGAAACCGCGGAUGACCGCUGUUUCGCCAAGCUCAAAUCGUGGCGAGACCAGCCGCGGCGCUUUUGUCGAAACGGCGGAGGAACGCCGUUUCAACGGAAAACAACGCAGUGUUCUGGCGGAGUUCUGGCGAAACAGCGGAGGCACUGUGGCGAAACACGGUUGUAUUAUAGGGGCACCGGACAGAAAGGGCGCGCUGUUCGCAAUCUGACCGAAUUUCUAGGCCGCGAUGUAAUUUUCCACUGAAAACGUGGCCUAACUUUUCAAACUCGGCCCCGAGGUCGCUCAAUUUGCACUGCAAAAAGAGUUUCUCAACAGAGCGCCAUUUCUGUGCGGUGCCCCUAUAAUAAGUGUGUUCGACCCGCUUUCUGCCGCUCUUUCCUCACUUCAAAUCGCUGAGGAUUGGUAUUCAUUUUUUGAACUGAAAAUCGUGAUUUUUUCAAUUUUCUCUUCAUAAGCUUAAUUGCGCAUCUUUUGAGCUCUCAAACAUCAAAAAAAUAUAUAAAAAUAUAUAUAUAGUAUUGGCAAUUUGCAAACCCUUUAAGGCGACCUGAUAAUUUUCGCGGUGAUUCGGAUAAAAUCCCUUAAAAUGGGCAAAUUUCCCGUUAAAUUACAUUGUAUUUUUGCUAUUUUAGCACAGAAACCCAGUAAAUCGCGUGGCCCCUUGUAUGCAUACUUCCUACCGUACUCCUCGAAAAAUUAUUGCGAAACUGAAUUUAAUCUAGCAGCUAAUCUGGCCGAGUUUUUCUGCCGCAUUGUAAUUUUCAGUUGUUUUUUACUGUAAAUGUGGCCGAACCUUUUCGUUUUUCCUCAAACUCGGCGCCAGUUUGCACUGCAAAAAGAGUUUCUCAACAGAGCGCGAUUGCAGUCAAAUGCCCCCAUAACAGAUAAAUUUCUUUAUUUCAGAAAAAAUGGAAACCCUGAUAGAACAACACUCAUGCUGGUUGUUAUAUUACUGGUUUUUCUGAUCACCGAGUUCCCCCAAGGAAUCAUAUCAAUUCUUUGCGCAAUUUUUACAACCGAUGUUCAUAGGUUCGGAGGAGAAACAACCAAUUCAGAAUGGGAAUAAUUUCUUAAGGUAUCUAUAUUUUUACAUUGGCGAUGUCUUGGAUCUCCUCUCGCUAGUCAAUUCAUCGGUUAAUUUUGUUUUGUACUGCGUUAUGUCAUCCAGAUACAGACAAACGUUUUGGGAAGUCAUUAUUCCAUCAUGGGCUUACUCGUGAGUUACCUAAACAGUUUUCUAUAGGAUUACUUGGUUAUAACCAAGUAAUUAACUAAAAACGGUAGAAAUUAUCAUCUCGUGAUGAGAAUUUCCGUACGGUCCGUCCCGUGACCAAUAUGGAAAUUUAGGCUGUUAACGUCACGAAUACGGACAUCAAUAGAAGUCUCUCAGCUCCAAAUGAAUAAUAGCGUUCGACGAGGACGGUAAGUGCUUCUCUCAAAAUUUCAUUAAUUACGAAACGUUUCCAGUAAGCUGAGUUACACUCAACUAGCGACAGAGCCGGACAAUUUUCGAGACGUCCAGUACAAUUUCGAUGGUUCUAUAUCGGAGAAUAUGAACGCUCGAAACUUUUCCAAAUAA